CAGCACCGCCUCGACUGACAGCUAUACGCUUCAUCAUCCGGGCAGCAUGUCGCAUGGCGCAUGCACAGGAGCGUUCCUCUGUGCGCCGGCGCUAGUGUGUGCUGUACCUUGCCUCGUUGCUGAGGGGAGCGGCAUAUUUAUGAGAUGUCGGUGAAGGGUGAACAAGGAGGGAGUGGGGGAGGAGUACAGAGAUGAGAGGCAGACUAGAGGAGAAAUGUGAGCGUGUGAAUAUGAGAGAGGGAUGUUGAUGCUAAUGCAGAGGGCGGAGCUUGGCUGGCAUCUCGUUCUGCCGUACCAUCUCUCACGCGCCUUGUUUUUUUUUUCCCCUCCUCCUUACACUUACUACAGCACAGGGCGCAUCUAUCUGCAGUCAUCUCAACAGCUCUGCUGACCCAGUGGACUGCUACCUUUUUUUUUUUUUCUCCUCUUUUUGUAUCUUUACGGACCAUUGGGCCACUCUUUCAAGCCACCAUUCUUUUACAGCAGGGCCCGUCUUGACACAUGGCUAUGAGGGGGUGUGGUGUGGUACGAUGAAGCCCUGAUUUAAGAGCCGGGCACUGGCGUGUAGUCUCGCAGCACUCCUCGAGAAGUGGUAAAUUAGGUGAGGAGGGGGGACUGACAGAAAGGUAAGUGGAAGGAUUUGUGGUGGAAGACGAGUAAAGAGGAUCCGGUUGAGGAGAGGAAUGAUGGUGCCGGCUCCUCGUGCAAUGGUCGUGCUGCUCCUCCAUAGGCUGCGUGUCAUCCCAGCACAGCCCCACGUCACCUCGACAUGAGCGUUGCAGGAAGAGCAUCCUGCUCCAUGCUCAAUUGCUUUGGUGAAGAGGGGCCUCCCAGUCUGGAGUACAUCAAGGCCAAGGAUCUAUUCCCCCAGAAGGAGCUGGUGAAGGAGGAUGAAAGUCUUCAGGUCCCCUUUCCAGUUCUUCAGGGGGAAGGGGUGGAAUAUCUCGGCCAUGCGGAUGAGGCUGUCAUUGCCAUUUCUAACUACAGACUCCACAUCAAAUUCAAGGAGUCGGUCAUCAAUACCUACCCAGAUGUGGACAAUGAAAUAUCUGUGCCCCUCAGGCUGAUCGAGAGCGUGGAGAGCAGAGACAUGGCCCAGCUGCACAUUAUCUGCAAAGACUCCAAAGUUGUCAGGUGCCACUUCACCACAUUCAAGCAGUGUCAGGAGUGGGUCAAGCGUCUGAGCAGGGCCAUAGCUCACCCAUCACGGCUCGAAGACCUCUUUGCCCUGGCCUAUCAUGCAUGGUGUCUGGGAGGCAGUGCUGAUGAUGAGGAUCAGCAUGUUCAUCUGUGUCGCCCAGGUGAUCACGUGCGUCAGAGAAUGGAGAUGGAGGUUAAAAGAAUGGGCUUUGACACGCAAAACAUCUGGAGGGUAUCAUCCAUUAAUUGCAACUACAAGCUGUGCUCCAGUUACCCACAGAAGUUUCUCGUUCCAAUAUGGAUAACUGACAAAGAGCUAGAGAGUGUGGCUUCCUUCAGAUCCUGGAAGAGGAUUCCCGUAGUGGUCUACAGACACCAGAAGAACGGGGCAGUGAUUGCACGCUGCAGCCAGCCUGAGAUCAGCUGGUGGGGCUGGAGAAAUACAGAUGAUGAGUACCUGGUGACAUCCAUUGCCAAAGCUUGUCAAAUGGAUUCAGGAGCCAAGGGUACUUGUGGUGCACCUGCCUGCCAGCCACGUGGAGAAGCGCCCGACUCAUCUGACAGUGAUUUUGACUCUUCACUGACCGGUAGCUCAGGCUGUGAUGACAACACUGUGCGACAGAAGCUGCUGAUUCUGGAUGCUCGCUCGUACACUGCUGCAGUGGCCAACCGUGCAAAAGGUGGAGGCUGUGAGUGUGAAGAGUAUUACCCUAACUGUGAGGUGAUGUUUAUGGGAAUGGCCAACAUCCACGCCAUCCGGAACAGUUUUCAAGCCUUGAGGACAGUCUGCAGUCAGAUACCUGAUCCAGGAAACUGGCUUUCAGCUCUGGAAAGCACCCGUUGGCUGCAGCACCUGUCUGUAAUGUUGAAAGCGGCCACCCUGGUGUGUUCCUCACUGGAGAGAGAAGGUCGUCCUGUCCUUGUGCACUGUUCAGAUGGAUGGGACCGUACACCCCAGAUUGUUGCCCUGGCCAAAAUCCUUUUGGAUCCCUACUACAGAACACUUGAGGGUUUCCAGUUACUUGUCGAGACUGAUUGGUUGGACUACGGUCACAAGUUUGGGGACCGCUGUGGCCACCAGGAGAACGCUGACGAUGUUAGCGAGCAGUGUCCCGUCUUUCUGCAGUGGCUUGACUGUGUUCACCAGCUGCUCAAACAGUUCCCCUGCCUGUUUGAGUUCAAUGAGGCCUUCUUGGUCAAGUUGGUGCAACAUACGUACUCAUGUCUAUACGGUACCUUCCUUUGUAACAAUGCUCGCGAGAGAGAGGCAAGGAACAUUUACAAACGCACCUGCUCCGUCUGGUCCUUGCUUCGCGCAGGAAACAAGAACUUUCAGAACUUUCUCUACAUCCCAAGCCAUGACAUGGUGCUGCAGCCUGUCUGUCACACGCGUGCAUUACAACUGUGGACAGCAGUUUACCUCCCCACCUCCUCACCUUGCACUGCUGUGGACGAAUCUAUGGAACUCUACUUGUCCCCGAGUGUCACAGGGGAUGAACUUGGCUCCCGUUCCCUUGACAGACUUACCAAGACCCGCUCCAUGGACAACCUUCUGUCAACUUUUGAGAAUGGGAUGCCCCUAACACGGACAUCCAGUGAUCCCAAUCUUAAUAAGCAUUGCCAGGAGGAUCGCCCUGCCUUGGAGGCCACGCCCGCCCCUGACAGUACAGCUGCAGACGACUGCUCUGACGAGAUGGCGUCUGACGAUGGCGAUGAGAAAAUUCCACAGCUGAGUCCUACCAAGCCAUCAGAUGGCUCAGGUGCUGAAUGUGGCGAAGAUGCACCAGAGGAGCCGUGUCUCACCACUCAGCCCCUACCGCUUCCUCCUGUCCCCCUAGCUUCUGACAUUAUGCAGGCUCACACUCCAUUUCUUGCUCCUGUCCUGCAGCAAGAUUCUACACACACAACUGUCUCUCCCCCUCUUCCAACCCCUUUGCUGGAGGCCCCGAGACCCUGUAAGACUGCUGAGAGCACCACACCGGCCACUCCUAAAUCAGAGCCGUGCUUACCACUGAGCCAGGACGCCAUACCAGCGGCAGCCACCCUAUUCGGCUCCCUGCUUGACAGCCAGGAAAGUUGCCUCUUGGAGUCUGAUGACCUCAUGACUCUGAAGCUUCUAAAGCCACUGGUUCCCAUGGAGGACUCCACUGAGACUCUUACAGAUCAAGGAGAACUUUCCCACGCCCUGCCUCACCCGCAGAGCAAUGGUCUUACUCUGAAUCAUUUUGCGGAUGAGGAGCAGCAAGGGGCGCAUGUGUCAGCUGAGCCACGCAAAGAGGGGGUAACAGACCUUGUCAAAGGAAGAGAUCAAAUGUUACCUGCUGCAGCAUCUCCAAUGGACUGCAUCCAGGGAGCCGCUCGCCAUCUCAUCUCCCAGAGUCCGCUCUCAGACAUGUCACUUAUGGGCCCCCAUUGGGAGAGCGUUCAGGGCCUAAUGCAGUCCGCUUGCGGCGGUGCCGCUCGCGGUGCCAGCCGCUCUCUGCAGUCUAACGCCUACCAGAGUCGCCGACUUGCCUAUAAGCUUCUCCGCUCGCAAGGCUUUGCCCUCGCCAGCGGUUCCCAGUGCUGCCGCAAGGAGGCUCUUUGUUGUCCCAGCAGCCCCGUGCAGCCCGGAUGGCCGUCUGCAGCAAGAAGCGUGGCAGGGUUCAACAGCCUGAAUGCACCUGUGGUCAACAACUGCUCACUGGUGUGCCACCAGCUGCCAGCCGUAUCAUACCCUUCGCCCUCCCUCUCCUGCUCCCCUCUCCCGCCCCAAACUCCAGCGUACCUUGACGACGACGGGCUGCCGGUGCCCAUGGACGCCGUGCAGCAAAGACUGCGUCAGAUCGAGGCAGGCUACAAACAGGAAGUAGAGGUAUUGCGUCAGCAGGUGCGACAGUUGCGGAUGAGACUGGAGAGCAAACAAUACAGCACCCCUCCCUCAGAGCCCGACAUCGACUACGAGGACGAUAUCACGUGUUUACGGGAAUCAGACAACAGUCCCGAGGAAGACUCUCUGUCCACCCAGAGUGAAGACCGACUGUCUGAGGGCAGCUGGGAUCGAGUGGAGAGCAAGGACACAGAGGUCACGAGGUGGGUGCCUGACCACAUGGCCUCUCAUUGUUUCAACUGUGACUGUGAGUUCUGGAUAGCCAAGAGGCGUCACCACUGCAGGAACUGCGGCAACGUGUUCUGUAAAGAUUGUUGUCAUCUCAAGCUCCCCAUCCCGGACCAGCAGCUGUACGACCCGGUACUGGUGUGCAACACCUGCCACGACCAACUCCUCGAGUCCCGAACCCGCGAGAUCCGCAGCCAGCAGUUCAAAAAGGCCAUCGCCACAGCUUCAAGUUGAGGGGAGCGUCUCCUGUCGGGUCUUGUCCUUUUUUUGGACUCACGAGGUGUCGCCCCCAACCGGCUGUGGAUCUUUGCUUCAAUGGUGUUUGGGAGGUGAUGAGGAGAUGGUGUCUGAAAAUGGGGGUGCACUGUGGUGGUAGGAGGCGGGGGAGUGGAUGAGGGUAUGUCCCAGGACAACCUCCUGGACAGAGGAUAUUUCGGCUUGCAGCACGAUGGCACUCUCUUGUGGUGUACCCCUUUUUGAGCUCACCGUAAGUACCGAGAACCUGCACUCUCCAUGUAGUUGCGGUCGUCACACUUGAGAGGGACAAUCGGUCGGCAACUCCAAGCCUUUACCUGAUCUACUGGAGGCUUUCUGCUUGGAAAAAAAAAAAGAAUUGCUGCUAUUGUAUUUAAAAGUCUAAUUUUGUAUUCUUAUUUUGUGCACCUGUAAAUGUCGUUGUAUAUUGAAGGGAAUCCUGAGACCAAACUUGAGCGAAAGGGAGAGAUCUGCUGUCAACUUUGCCAUUGUAUCUUUGAAUGUAAAACGGGCAAUUGGAUUGACCUCACGUGCGUGUGUGCAUUCGGUGAGUCUCAUUUGUGUUUUUCGAAUUCAGUGUAUGCACAGUCAAUGCGGCCGAAUAUUCAGUGACGCUCUUGCAGCUACGUUUUGGUGUUGGAAGGCUCUGCGCGAGGCACACUAAAGCGACGCUGUCUGUGUGUGUUGGUAUUUGAAGCGUGUUGGGGUGUGUUUUGGGGCACGGCAUGAUUCUGUGAGGUCCUUAUAGAAAGUCAUUGAGGGUAUUUCUGGGAAAUGACUGAGAAUUUUCCAAGAGGGUCUGCCAUACCUCUGACUGAAAGGCCCUCCAAAAGCCUCAUUGUCCUCCUGAUUGGCACUUCAAGGAAGAAAGACUGAACUAAUGAUUGACAGUUCUUUUGCUCAGUCGGAGAGGGCGGCCACAGUUCCUCCAAUUUACAACAUACUUGUUUGUGUCAACUGGGAGUUCAAUUGUGCCAUUUUUUUUUCCAAUUUCAAUUUUUUUCCUUUCCAUAGAUGGCAGCAGAUUACUAUUUGACUCCUCCUGUGUGUUCAUGGUACAGAUGUUUAGCUGCUAAAGUUUCACAUAUACUUCUAAUGAUUUCACUGGAUGAUCAUAUGUCACUAUAUUAGCUGACCUAAUGAUUUGGGUUUUUCUUCAGAUGGCAUUAACAUCUCUUUUAGACAAAUGCUCUGAACUGUAACAUACAUCGUGAAAUCUGAUCCAUGGUGGUGGCAAAUACCAGUCAUUUAAUUCAUGAAUAACUGUUGUGAAGAAUUGCACAUAAAAGUCAAUUCCCAGUGGCGAAGAUAAAAGAUUAUAUGAUGGAUCUGUUUCCCAGCUUGUUUAUUUUCCUUAUAUAAAAAAAGGUGCAAAAUUUUUUCUACAAUGAUGGAACUCGGCUGCAAGUCACCACAGAGAUGCAAAGGUACGUCAUUGCGUAAAACCUGUCAUAUGUUCCAGUCUAAUGAUGUCACCGCAGAGCUUUAAGAUUUAAAGAAUUGGCAAAAUGGACAAAUGUAAAUAAGACAUAUGAAAGUGUAUGUCGUGAUGUCUCAUCUCUUGUAUACAUUUUACCAAUUCAAAUGCACUCAUUGGCAAGACCAGAGCUGAAUCAAAUACUGCAUUACCAAUACUAGUAUGCAGUUUUUUUUUUUCAUUAAGCUGGUGGUUUGCUGUGGUGUAGAACUGCCCUUCAUCAAGAAGGUAUUUUUGCUUUUGAUGUCAACAUAAUUUAAACGGCUCUCUAUGUGAGGAAUAGUGCAGUUACAUAACCACAAUAAACAAUGCAUCCCUCACCG